AUGAGAUCCAUACAGCCCCUUUCGGGAUUGGCGCUCUUCAGCUGCUUGAUUUUACCUCAUGGAACAGCCUUUUUUGUUCACAACUUCAAUGGUUUGCGAAUGCGAAAUCUCAUGCUUCCUACAACAAGCCACGUACCAUUGAAGCCAUUAAGGAUGGUAGCUGAUCCACAAAACUACUACGGUGAUUCAGAAUCGUUCAUGGUCAAGGAGUUCAGUCAGUACGAAGAGCUGGAGGAAAUCGUUCAACUUGCUAGUCAGCCGAUCCCUGAGCGACCUGAUGGAAUUGUCUGUGUGGUCAAAUAUACUUCUUCAAGUCGGCCGGAAUGCCUACCAACAGAGGCAGAAUACGAACGAUUGGCACGGGAAAACCCAGCCACCAUUUUCCUAAGGUGUUUUCAGGAAUAUGAGAGCGCUGAUUUGUUGUUUGGUCAAGCGGACGUGCAAAACUUCCCAACUUUUGAUAUCUUUUAUGGUGGAAAUCGUGUAGCUAGAGUGGAAGGGUCCAGUAUAUCCGAAGUCCAAGACGUCUUGUCCAUGUAUCAGCUUCAAAAUUCCAAGUUGGAUCUCUUCUCAGAAGAAGCCAGCGAAAAGCGAGGGGCGCAGUGGGGCGACGGAAGUGCAAAAGAUAUGGCCAAAACACCAAGAACGACAGCUAGAUUUGUCCCAGGAUACGACUGGGGUUCUGAGAAGGGCUUCUUUGAUGAUCAAGGAGACAAGGCUCAACAGAGUUUCGAAGACAGUUAUGGAAACUGGCUACCAAACAUGGAUGACGAGUAG